UGGACGAUGGCGGAGCGGCUUCGGAGAGUGGCGGCCGACUGAAGGAUGAAGGAGCAGCAGCAGGAGGAGGAGGAGGAUGUGGCGGCGGCGGCGAGCGGAGGCAGCAGCAGCAGUAGGCGGCGGGCGCGGCUCAACCCUAGCCCGGGGCUGCCCGGGGAGCGAGGGCUGACUCCCCCGACCCGGACUCACAGGCUGAGCCGAGGCUCCAGGUCUGCAGCUAGGCCCCAGGCGGCUGCAGAAUUAUUGUCAUAUAAAACGCCUAAGAGGAUAUUGAGAAAGCAGCAGCUCAUUGCAAAUCGUAAUUCCCCUGUCAAUGAUUCCGAGUUGCAGCAGGAUAUUUAUUGGGACCAGCACUCUCCAACUACAUUUAAAUUAGACAAUGGAAAGAAGUCAUCUGUGGUUUGUCAACACGCAGUGGAAAUAUCUGACAUUGUAAAGCGCAUCGCUCCUCAGCGAUCCUCCGAAGUGCCUCUGAAUAUAUGGCUAGGUGAAGAGGCAAUCCAGAGUAGCCCUACUGUUUCUUUUCGAGAAAGGAUCAAAGCAAGUAAUUCAAGAUUUCAAAAGAGCACAGAGGAAGAACUAAUGAAGUUAGCAAAAGAAUUUGACCGAAAUAUGGUGGAACAAGAUAUCGGUUAUGGCCCGGAAACCAGUGAAGUUAACCGGACUUUUGAUUAUACAGAUUUGGGACAGGCACAGACAGAGCAACCAGAUAAUGACCUUUCAGCAUUGAAACAGGCUGUGACUGGAACCACUGGGCUAGUUAAACAUGAUGCAGGCAGCACUCUUCCUGUGAUAGAGCUGCACAGUCAGAAUAGUAGUCAGAAGUCAUUGGAUCUAGAAGCUGAAGCCGCUGUUAAUGCCUUGUUUGAUGGACCCACCCAACAUACUGGCCGACCUCUGAGUCAGGGCCUCUCGGGCGAUGACUCGUCAAGUCCAAAAUUAGACGGAUUUCAUACUUCCAAAGUGGUUCCAACAUCUGCACAAGAUGACAUUGACCAUGGCAAAGUCACUAAUAUAACAAGGGUAAAUGAAGUAAUGGUUUCCUCUUUGACUUGUAAGCAAGCCAGUGAACUUCAAGCCUCGAAGCCAUUUGAAUUAGAUGCAAGUAAAGGUCCUCUCUUCAACAACACAGCAAACACCAAGCAUGGCAAAGGCUUUGCUCAUAAAGACAUCACUGCAGGUUGCGAAUUGGACCAGCAAAACAAUACCAAUGUUCAAUCCACAGGUAGGAUGGCAGCGCUUUGUACAUCUGAAACAGUUCCAGAGGAUGAUGGGUUUGAUGACUGGGAGAAUGAUGAUUGGAUGGCAGAGGACUCUUUUGUAAUGGAAAUUACACAAAACCCAGAACUUAUUGCCAUUCCCAAGGAAUGCACUAAUUUCCCAAAACAAUCAGUUCAUACCUUGGAUGCUGCUAACCUGAAUGGCACAAAGAAAUUUAAUGAUUCACCCAACCCAAAGGCGGCUUCUGGCAUGGUACCAUGUAUAUCAUUUAUGCAGCAGAUGCAAAGACCUGUCUGCAAACCUAACAACACUGAAAUGAGAGCCAAAAUCGUACAAUUUGAAAAACGAUCUGAGACACCAAAGCCAAGGGCUACUUUUGCACUACAAAGCAAACCUGGUAGUAAGGUGGCUGAGCUGCAAUCUCUCAACAUAACUCAACAAAGCAAAGUGUUUAAGCCUAUGGUUGACACAUUAAUAAGAAAAGAACAGAGGAAUUCAGAAGUUUCAAAACCUCACUGCAGUUCCCAUCUGUUUAAUGGACCUCUAAUGGAAUCACCUUGUUUGUCUCAUACAAAACCUUUUAAUCAACAGCCAUUGCAUAGUGGUAAUGCACAGAAGAAUACAAAGGAUCCUCUUGUUUCAGUUCCUGCGAAAUUGAACUCACCUGAUCAGCUGGAAUCUGGAAAAUCCUCUCGUGCUGGUUCACAGAGUAGGGUUGAUGUACCUGCACAGGCGGCUGAUGACUGGAAUGAUGAAAAGUUCUCCAAUGAAAUUCAAAAUAUGUUUACUGAAUCAGAUAAUCUGUGGGAAACGGGUGAUGACGACGAUGAUUUGAACAGGAUGUGCGAUGAUGUAGAAAAGCUGAUUCAGAGCCAGAACUCUGAGAUGACUAUAACCAGAGAGGCUACAGGGCUAAAAAUAGCAAAUAUUAACCAGAGUUUAAAAAACAAUGCAAUUUUGACUUCAAACAUGCAAAAAAAUCAUUUUGCUGAAAGGUUGGAUGGGCAGCAAAAGCAUUUAAAUUACCAGCAAUCUUCUCUUGUGUCAGAAAGCAAAAUCUCUAAAGGGCUGUUAGCAGCAAAGCAAAACGCUGCACCUUCCACGAGGCAUCUGCUAAGACCCACAGGUUUGACAUGCAUGGUGUGUUCUGCAGCUACACUCCCUACACAAAGCCAUCAUUUGAAUUCUGUAAGCAAUUUCCAGGGUAAACCUUUGUCAAACGCUACCCACACACGUGCAGUGAGUUUGAACAGAUCCAAUUCUAUGCCUGGCCCUAGAAAUGGUAUUUCAGAUUUGCUUCAGGCUUCAAUUACUACAAACUUUGGCCAUAGCCGGCAACUUUGUACAUCCACAGUAACCCUGACACACGCAGCCCCCAAAUCACAGCAUACUACCGGCAUUCCCAGGACUCCACGGUUCACCUUCACUAAAAUUACGGAUUCUUCUCUGAUGAGUGUUCGAGGGAACACCAGUAGUCAUGCAGUGCAAAGUGCAAAGACUUUUAGCAACAGAGAUCAUGUAAAAAGCCCUAUGGAAAGAAAUGCUCAGUCAAAUAAAUUUUCCACAGCUACACAGUACCCAGCAGCGCCUCUGAAGAGACAUUUUUCUGAUUCUACUUUACAGGCAAAAGUUGUGGAGAAGCCAGUAGCAAAAUGUUCAUUGCAAGAGAUUGAACAGAAGAAGUUGGCAGCGUUAGCUCGGAGGAAGAUGAAAAUGCAAGCUGGCUAUGCUCAUCCAUCAUCUACAUGACUUCACAGAUCCAAAGGAUGACUGGUUAUUAUAGGAAUGUAAUGAAGAAAGUAGCACUUGGCUGAAAGAGUGCACAUUUUCUUUCCAGAUAAUCCGGCUCUGCAUCUUAUUUUCAGUCUGCAAUGUAGCUGGACAAAUAAAUGGAGAAUUGAGUUGACUAAGAGAAUAAGUGUGUGUUUACGUUAUAAUUAAGUUAUUGAAAGUUAUUGCAGUAUUUAUCACACUGGUGUGUUUCUAAUAUCAUGACUUGAAAGCCUUUGCUUUUUUCCCCACCCUCCUUGCCUCCACUUGGAAGGCACUGACUACUUGCUGUGUGCCUUCUGACUAUUGGACUGUGGAAAGCAUCACAUCUGAGACUAACGUGCAAUUUCAGCAGCAGAGGCUGUGGGGUCACAAGUGAGCAGGGGAAGGAACCCUGGAUUUCCCCCCCCCACCCCCUUUUAAGUAGAGGAUUUAGAGGUUUAUUGAGGCUUCCCUACUUGAGGUAAACUGGUUUCGCAAAGACUGGGGAUCGAUACAGGGACUGCCCUGACAUCAUAGCUGAGUCACCAGCGUUGUACCUAAGCUUUCUAGAAACAUUUUAGUCAUUUUGCUUCAAGUGCUAAUGAAUACCCAAGCUGAGCUCCUGCAGAGUUACAACCAGUCCUCUGCCAAUCAUUUCUGAUUUAACUUCACAAUUAUGAGUUGCCACAAACAUUAUUAAAAUAGUUUUCUAAGAUGAAUUUCUGUUUUUGCGAAUAAGGGACCUUCGUGGCUUAUUGUCACAGUGCAAGGGAUUCUUAUUGGAAAAGUUUGCACAUGCUUGUGAACUGGUUUUAAUUUCUUAUUCCUGUUAAGUAUGCCUUACAAAUUUUUUGUUACUGUUUUAAAUUGCCUUGGGUUCAAGUUCCUCUGGCAGUGCUCUGCGUGAGGUAUUCGCCCAAAAAUUUCCUUGUACUCAGUUUGAAUGUCGCCAUUAACCCAUUAGCUACUGCCCCAAAAAAGUACAUGGAGGGUUCAUGGAAUAAUACCAUGACUUUAUAUCAUGAAUUUUUAUGUUUGGAAAUUUGAGCUCCCUUUCUGUUUUUCUUAAUUUACAGCUGAGCUUAGUGAAGUGCAGACUUGGACAAAUGUUUAAUUUGGGUUCAGGGUGUCAUGUGAAUGAAGCUCUUGUGACGUUUUAAUUCUGUCUUUGUUGUUACACAACUGUGCUUUAGAUUACUGUAACUUGGCCUAAUCAAAAUUUUACUGUAUAAACAUUUUCUAUUAUUUUUAUAACCUACCUCAGAACAUGAAUAUCAAAAAUAUUCUGAUCCUGGUCCAUUGCUUUCCAGUGUAGUUGUUAUUUACUGUUUUCUGAUGACAUACUAGUAAUAUUUUAUUCGUUAUUGAAUAUCACACCUUUAUAGUAAAAUUUAGUAAAAAUCAAAUUUUAUUUUGUUUUCGUUGUUUGCACUACACUGUUAACGUUAGAAGACAAGACCUUAAAGUGCUGCCAGAGAAUAAUCGUGCUGGUUGGUGCUGAUCUGAAUCUAUCCUUAUUAUUUUUAGUAUGUUUCUACUGGCCUGGCCUAUGUACAUAAUACUUUGGCAACUGUACAUAUGUAAGUGUUUAUGUAUACCUGGUGCUUUUUAACCAGUGUCUAGACAUCUAAUUAAAAAAAAUUGAAGGAGUCAUUUGGUAUUAUAAAAUGACAAACUAA